AUGUGUCUAGACAAAACUAUGCCAAAUUUAGCCUCUACAAUAGCUAAUUAUAGAAUGGAAAAAUUCUCAAACUUAAAUUGCAGUGAUUACUCCGGUGGCGCAUACGGAGGCGUAAGCGUACAAUGUAUUAAAAUGGGAAUAAUGACAUUGAUCUUCCAUAACGAUAA